CGGAAUGAAGCAGAGAGCUGUCGACGCCGCGGAUAUCUUUCAAAGCAGAGCCCGCUGCGGAUAUGAUCCAUAUGAUGUCGACGCCGGUGACGCUCCUCCCCAGCUCGACUCCGCCGCAACAUCGGCCACUCUCCGGCGUUCCAUUCCGCGGCACCACUAACCGCCGCCAAUUCUCCACUCUUAUCGCACUUUCUUCCUCUUCGAAGGACAUACCGGAGGAUCUCCUCACUGCCGCCGGGCGUCUUGUAUGGGGUCGUGGUCUCCCGCCGCAAACCCUAGUCUCCGCCGUCCGAGUCGGGUGGUCGGCGGCGUGGCAUCUCAUGAUGCGCCAGCUCGCUCCUUCCUCUGCACCCGGCUCCUACGAUCGCCCCGCCUCCGCCUUCCCCUCUGUCCCUCACCACUACAAGCGGAACCCUAGCCAUCUCCAUCUCUACGUCGCUCUCCCUUGCCCGUGGGCGCAUCGUGUCCUCGUCGUCCGCGCCCUCAAGGGUCUCACCUCCGCACUCCCCGUCUCCGUCGCGGCUCCCGGAUUCGAUGGCUCUUGGCGAUUUCCCGUUAUCGAAAAAUCCACCUCCGGUGAUGAACUGAACCCGAGCCCUGACCGGGCCAAUGGCUGUAGUACGCUGAGGGAGGUGUACAGUCUUCGGAGGGGCGGCUACGACGGGAGGUCGACAGUACCGAUGCUUUGGGACUCUGAGAAGAAGGAGGUGGUGUGCAACGAGAGUUACUCCAUCAUCGAAUUCUUGAACUCAGUGGACAUCGGAGGGAACAUCGAUAGAUCCUCUCAAUUAGACCUCUGCCCUCCGGAGCUCAAGAAGCAGAUCGAUGAAUGGAAUCGUGUUAUCUACCCCAACAUUAACAAUGGAGUCUACAAAUGUGGCUUUGCACAGAGUCAAGAAGCAUAUGACAAUGCAGUCAAUGAUUUGUUCAAUACAUUGGAUAAGAUUGAAUCUCACCUAUCUACCUCACGCUUCUUGUGCGGCGAUGUGUUAACUUUAGCUGAUGUCUGCUUAUUUACUACCUUGAUCCGUUUUGACCUUGCAUAUAAUGUCCUCUUUAAGUGCACUAAGAAGAAGCUAGUUGAAUACUCCAAUCUCUACGGCUACACAUGUGAUAUAUAUCAGAUUCCAGAGGUAGCGAGAACAUGCAACUUUGAAGCAAUCAUGGAUGGUUACUUUUGCACUCUAUUUCCCUUGAAUCCUGGUGGGAUCCGGCCUGUCAUGCCUUCAGCUUGUAGUCAUGAUUUUCUUUCUAAGACACAUGAUAGACAAGUUUUAUCUUCAAGAAUCAAACAACCAUUACCUAUGUCAGAAUCUUAGAUGCAAUUUUCUGCCUCAGAAAAAAAAAGAACCAAAUGUAAAUAGAGACAUGUUGGACCAAAAACUAUGAAUCAAUGGCAAUGAAAAAUGCAAAAGUAACAUACAGAUGUGCCUGGUUUAAGAGGAGAAAAGGAUUAUCAAGUUGUAAAUUAUUCUGUUCAACCAUCGUUUGAACUUUUCAAUGACUAAUGGUGUGGCUGUUCUCGCUAGAUUAAAGAAUAAGAGUUAUGCAUGUACUUCAGCUAUCAACUCCAAACAGCAGAGGCAGCAGUAUGAAUGGUUAUUUCUUGCUAAGCCAGUUCAAUUGGAAAACCAGAACUCCAUUCAUGAACAUGUUUGCCAGUGGGAUAUUCAAUCUAGGUCUUUCAGAUUCAGAGGCUAGCUAGUUUGUGUAUUAUUUGUGAUGUUAUCGCCAGAUGGACUCGUAAUUUCACUCAGCAUGCAGUCUGAUUCUGAGAUUAUCUUUUCCUCUGAUGAAAACUGGGUACCCUCUCCCAUUUACAUAGUUGUCUUAUAUAAACACAGAUGUUUGUAAAUAUAGAUAUUUUUGUUGAUGAGUUUUCAUGCUGUUAAACUCUUUGGAUUAUGCAAAGUGUCGUUGAAUAUUAAAUCAUCAAAUAGAAGAUAAUAUUUGGUAUGAUUUGAUUUAACUUUUUGAUAAUUGGGAGAUCAGUAACAAACACAGGCUCACCGUGCCAACUGGCAUGACCAUGAUCGGUUCUAUCGCCAAACCAUGUCACCCAGGGAGCCACACGGAAUGUCCAUGUUCUCCAACACGGUCGUGGCACGUGUGGCAUUUUUCUCCUUAAUAAAUUGGAUUUGAUUAGAGACCAAGCCACCUUCAAAAGCUAUAAAAGGAAAUAGGGGACUUUAGCCAAAGGAU